AUGUCUCCCAAUUGCUCGCCCGAGACCAUUCAACCCCCCGAGGACAUUGGGCGACAUCUCGACGUUUCUUCUGAAUCGGCGGAGAUGGCAACUAGAAGCGACGACACAUUAGUCUGCUGCGGAGAACCCCAAGAGAGCGGCUCCGACGAUCAGACACACAAUGAGAAAGCCAACCACUCAAGGCCGCCGUGCCGGCCACACAGCCACCAUCGACUCUGCGCCACCGUCGACACGCUAACCGUCGUCAAACGCGGCAGGACCAACUUCGCACCGGCAAAGCAGACGCUACUCAAGAACAGUCUCCUAGGCAUCGUCGGCUUCCUCGAGCUCGCCAACGCGGGCGACUUCGCCGCCAACGUCUGGAACGAGGUGCCCGUCCCUGCCUACGCCGUUGCCCUCAUGGCCGUAGGCGGAAUCUUUGCUCUCUUGAUGUCGGUCUUUGCCUUCCGUGACGCCCUCCUAAGUUUGCCCGAUGUCUGCGUGCUGCUUGAGCAAUGCCGGCGCCUCCGCCAUGAGAGGGUAGAGCGGCUGAAAGAAGAAGACGGAUCCCGGAAGCAGCAGACGCUCGACGUCGACGUCCUGCUUGACGUCGUCUGGCGUGAGCUGGGCACCGAGACAAUCAGUCGCUUCGGCCUGGACCUCCUGCUGGGCGCCGGCGCCGUCAUGAUCGGCGUCGGCACCUUGAUGGCCAUCGGCGGCACCGACAAGAAGGUCUGGUUCGCUAGCAACCUGCUGUCCGGCUACGUGGGAAACGCUCCGCUCGCCCUCUACGCGCUCAUAAACAGCGCGUGGGCUUGCUACAUCUGCCUCAAGGCGCGCCAGCACUGGGCGGCCGCUGCGGCGUCGCUAGAAAGGAAGCGGGAGAAGGGACGGGGCCUGGACGAACAAGACCACCCGGCUUGGGCGGCGGUGCGGCGGCGGGCGCGCAACAUGCAGCUUUACUCAGCCAUUACCGGCGUAGCCAGCAUCCUAGGCGGCGUGGGCUCACUGAUGACCGCGACCAUGUGGUACGGCUAUGCCAUCCUGAUACCUGUCAUUAUCUCAUCGGUGCUGUGCAACGUCUGGUGGCGGCACGGCCUCGGCUACGACCGCCCCCUUUUCGGUGACGACGCGCGGGACAUGAGCGCCGCGUCGCUCAUGUCAGAGAUAGAGUACGUGGCGCUCGCGCAGGACGCUUUCAAGCGGGGCCAGGCGAUGGCGGACGGCGAGUUGGGGGCGGACCUUGAGUCUCUGGAGUCGGUGCUGGGGCUCAUCGUCGCCAACGACCUGUUUGAGGAUUUUUGUCUACGGCUGCUCAGGGAUAAGGAACUGGCGACUGGGCUUUUCCCUCUCGACCACGCGAGUUUCACCAUUGAGGCAGCUGGUCUGCUUGAGGCGGCGCGGAAGCAGCAUGCGGGCUGCGUGUUGAGCGCGGCGAAGAAGUGCGUGCGGGAGGACGGACUGCGGCGGUUCCAAUCGCGUGAGCGGUAUUUAGCGGAGGCGCUUAUGACUUUCUUAUACAUAUCGCAUUUGGGAGCAUGGAGAAGAUGUUCCGGGCCAGCUCUGCAUGUGUAA